GUGGUGAUUGAUGCCGCCCCUCAAAUGGCCCAUAUGCUCCGACAAUUAGAUUUCAGUCCAGCUGUGGCUGGUUGGAUAGAGAGUGGGCCCCGAGGCGAACUUAUACCGCAGGACAAAAUACCUAUGCCUCUACAUGCGAUCCCCAACAAUCAACGUACGCCUUUGUCGACGGCUCAAAUGCAGAUGCUUAACCGCUUUCUUGAUCUAUUCGUCGUGGACCGAGUUUCCAGUGGGAAUGUUCCCUGUGCGGGGGUGGCGGGUGCGGAGAAACAGAAGAUACAAGAGGCACAAGAAUAAAGCCCAUGCGGUGGAGAGC